CGCUGGCCAACAGGGUACAUAAUACGUCCACACGAUUCCACAUCGACAAGUUUGGCGCCGUUUAAAAAAAAUUAACGUUUGACAAGAGCGAAAAUCACCAAGGAACAACAACUUCUUGUAUAGAUGGAUAGAAUAAUAAGUUAUUGAAGCAAAACACCAAAGAAACGAGGCACACAACGACGCACGGAAGUUGUGGCUCAAAACCCCACAAAGGCCCGUCCGUUUCCCUUCCUUCCUUUUUUUUAACCAAGAUGGCGGCGCGACCAGACGCAGGGAAAAAUCCCUCAGCAGUAGAAAAACAAAGCGGCAACAAGCAAAGCAACGUCGUUUUUAAAGAAUAAGAAUUUUUAUCUCUUUAAAAUUACUUGUUUGCAGAUUCGACGCAUAGUUUUAGCUUCGUGGUAGAAGCUUCAAUGACAGAAGGAGAGUGGGAAAAUGCCAAAAAUCCAGGACACCUUUCUCAACAACAAACCAAUCGAGUUUCUUUAUGAAGCAAAUUUUUCUAUACAAGUUCCUAGAAAAUUCAGUCGAUUGCUAACAGCCUAGAGCGCGUCGUGCUACUGUUGUCAGUGCCCGAGUACACUAAAACCAUUGAAUUCUCCCGAUUGAACAAGACAUCACAAGUUUCACAACAUACGGCAUGUACGGAGCAAUGGAGAAUCUUGUUUUAGUCCAUGUCAUCUCUUGGACAGUUUUGCUCACCCAGUUGCUAUUCACUACUUCACUGGCAACCACCACACUUCAAAGCUUGGCAGACGGUCCAAUGCGAUGUUACGCUUGCACGUCCACCUCAGAGAGCAGUCCAUGUGAAACGGAUCCAGCGACUCUACCUCAUGGAAUAUUAGAUACUUGCGCGCGGGAUGCGUGCACGAUUGUAAGAGUGGAAGAAUGGCCGUCUCAACGUGUCAAGAGCUUCUAUCGAGGAUGCGACGGGAGGACUAAAGUCUUUGAGCGGAACAACUGCCAGAUCGAAAAGGAUGAACGGACUUGCUUUACGGCGUGCGUGGGUGACUUGUGUAACCUCGGUGACGGUCUCGUAGCCGACAACAUUGUUCAUUCAGCAUCGAUUCCAGCUGGAUCUGGCUGGGCAUUUAUCGCAACAACUGCUGCUGCCGUCGUCACAUUCUCAACUAUCUUAUUAUCUGCUCUCUAAGUUGGCAAAGGACGUCGUACUACUGACAAAUCAAUACAGCCAACUUUGUUCCCGG